AUGUUUUGCUUGGCCAGAAAUACACUGAGUAAUCUCAAGAUUCGAAGCAUUCAGCAAAUUGUGGCAAGACCAAGCCAUGUAAAACACUCACCAGAUUUUCAUGACAAAUAUGGUAAUGCGCUGCUAGCUAGUGGAACCUCUUUCUGUGUUGUUGCAUGGUUUAUUUAUAUUACACAGAUGGGAGUAGAAUGGAAUCUGUCACCUAUCGGCAGAGUUACCCCCAAAGAGUGGAAACAGUAUUAA